AUGCCACUACAGACGACGCUGGGGAGAGUUUUAACAUCGCCAUCUUUCAAUUUCAACGCGAGAUUCUUCACCAACCCCAAGAGGACCUAUCAGGGCUACAACAUCUCCUUCACGCCUGCAACCACAAGUUGUCACCAGAUAAUCACGGCAGCUGUUGGUCAGACUGGCACAAUAACCUCCCCUCCAGCAGAAAAAUACUGCGAAUACCGAAUCCAGGCUCCUUCUGGAAGUCGCGUGCAGGUCGACGAAGUUACAUCUAGGAUUCGAGGGACAAGGAACUGUGCAAUUGACUGGCUUCUGCUGAACGGGAGGAGUGAGAGGAUGUACCCGCCAGACACCAGCUUAAUUAUCUGCGGCAAGAGGGUAGUGUCUUCACCUCUGACAUCCGAGACCAAUGAGAUGUACGCAGCUUAUCAAGGCACCAGGAGGAGAAGCCGCGGUGUCACUAUCAAGUAUACCGUCAUCUAAGUCAAACGUUCCUUGAUUUUCUCGCUCACUCCGUGGACGAUGCAAUCACUACUCCAAUGUAUCUGUACGGGCACGAAUUCAUUAUUACACCUGCAACCCUUUCAGUUUACCUCUUGCCCACGAUGUUUCUUUGUUUAAAAUCAUAUCACUGGUAAGCCAAGUCAGCUGAUAAAACUUAAACGAGGAACAGUAGCAUCCUUAUAGUGUUCUACAAUAACCGCCCCAUGAAAAUAAAUAUAUGCAGCAG